GUGCUAACCACUGAGCUACCGUGCCACCACCAAUCUGAGUCUCAAGCAUGUAUAGUUUCCCAGCAUUUCCUUCCCACCUUUCUUAAAUAGUGACACAAAGUUAGCCAAAGUCCAGUCUUCCCACGCCUCCCUGGCUGCUGAUGACAGAAAUAUCUCAGUAAGGAGGCCACCAAUCACUUCUUUAGCUUCUCCUGCAACAUCUCCCCAUUUAAAUUAAAGCUCUUUAUUGACUCUUCCUGACCAGCAUCACAAUCUCCACUUUAUGCUGCAUUGGACAAAGUUUUACUCACUCACUGGCCAUUUCCGACAUUCUUUUUUCUUCAUUCAUUCACGGGAUGAGGGCAUCGCAGGCUUGACCAGCGUUUACUGCCCAUCUCGAAUUGCUCAGAGGGCAGUUCAGAGUCAACCACAUUGCCGCGGGUCUGGGCUCACAUGAAGGCCUGACCAGGUCAGGAUAUCAGUUUCCUUCCCUAAUAUUAGUGCACCAGAUUGGUUUUUCCAACAAUCAAUUCACGGUCAUCAUUAAGCUCUUAAUUCCAGAUAUUUAUUGAGUUCAAAUUCCACAAUCUGCUGUAACAGGAUUGGAACCCAUCCCCAGAACAUCACCUGGGUCUCCGGAUUAACAAUCUAGAGAUAAUACCACUAGGUCAUUGCACAUCGCACAUGUUGAACACCCCUCGCAUCUUCUUUACAAAUGACCACUUUCGCUUCUGUUCAGUUUCACAGUCACGUUUUGCCCUGUCGAAUAUUUAGGCCAGCCAUCUGAAUCUUUAGUAAAGACCGAAAGAACUGUGGAUGCAAUGAACCAGAAACAAAAAGAGAAAUGGCUUGAAAAGCACUGGGGAGAUAAAUCAGAAUUCACAUUUCCCGAUCGAGUCACCGUUCCGCAGAACACAAGAAGGGUCUAGGCCCGAAAAGUCAGCUUUCCUGCUCCUAUGAUGCUGCUUGGCCUGCGGUGUUCAUUCCAGCUCAGAUUCUCUGUUAUCUCAGAUUCUCCAACAUCUGCAGUUCCUACUAUCUCUGAAACAACGUUAACGCUGAUUUGUUUCCGCUGAUGCUGCCAGACACGCUGAGUUUCUUUUCCAGCAAAUAUCUGAUUCUUUAAGCCUUAAUGUAACAAACACUGUGUGAAGAAUGAGGAGAGGGGGAGGCUUAGCAAAUAAAUCAACUGACUACUCCUUUCAGCCACAUCUUUGCACAGCAUCCCGCAUUUCCACCCUUGUCUCGCAAAUUUGUCGAUUAGGACCACAACAGACUGCACCAUUCAAACUGUUACAUCGACCACGCAGCGGGCAUCCGGGAGGCAUCGCGCGCCGUUGAUUGAAGGGCUUCAUCAUUGGCCAAUAGAAAGCACGGGAGGACCGGAAGCAAGCUGGUCCUCCAGCCAAUCAGCUAACCUAAUUUCUAAAUGUAGAGGUUGGACAAUGUAUUUCUGACACAGCUCAUUCCUGCCCAGCGAAGUUGGUGCCACUGUUCUCCUCUCUCCGAAUGAAGACCCAGAGUGAAGCAUCCUCCUCUUGUCAAUCAUCUGAAAUUGGAAGUGGAAGAUUUGAAGGAAGCAUUCUGAAACUGACGUAAUCUGAAAUCACUCAAUUUGUCAGGAGGUGAACGUCAUAGAUGUCUAACUGUGGAUGUUUCUCCGUUCUGCCUGCUUUAAAUGUUUCAAAAAUCGAUUUGACUGGAAAGGGACUGUGAUGCACACACACCCGAGUGAGAGAGUUUCAGUGCACUGACAGUGAAAAAAGCUCAGUUCAACAGUCUGGAAAAAACAAAUUGUACAUUUCAUGGCAGAAUAGACCAUUGAUAUGUUCUGUGUGUGGACAAAGCUUCAACUGAUUAUUAAACCUGGAGAGAGAAUGAAAACACUCUCAGCAUGAGUAAAUCCUGGAAAUGUGGCUACUGUGGGAAGGGAUUCCAUUACCCGUCUGCACUUGAGAUUCAUGAGCGGAGACACACUGGAGAGAGGCCAUUCACCUGUUUUGUGUGUGAGAAAGGAUUCAGUGCUGUCUCGAAUCUGCUGACACACCAGAAGGUUCACAUUGUGGAGAGGGCAUUCACCUCUGACUGUGGGAACGGACCCGCUGAUGCUUCCACCCCGCUGACAUGCAAGCGGGUUCACACCAAGAAGAGGGAAUUCCCCUGCUCUGAUUGUGGGAAGGGAUUCAGCAGCUCGGCCAACCUGCUCAGGCACAGACGGGUUCACACCGGGGAGAGGCCUUACACUUGUUGUGAGUGUGGGAAGCAGUUUGCUCAGUCGGCUGGCCUGGUUAUUCAUCAACGGAUUCACACUGGGGAAAGGCCGUUUACCUGCUCUCAGUGUGGGAAGGGAUUCUCCGAUUCGCAUACCCUGCUGCAACAUGAACGGAUUCACACUGGCGAGAGGCCUUUUAUCUGCUCUCAGUGCGGGAAGGGAUUCACGCAGGUAUCCAACCUGCAAGCACACCAGCGAGUUCACACUGGGGAGAGACCAUUCACCUGCUCUCAGUGUGGAAAGGGAUUCACGCAUUUGUCCAGCCUGCAAAUACACCAACGAAUUCACACUGGGGAGCGGCCAUUCACCUGCUCUCAGUGUGGGAAGGGAUUCUCUCGAUUAUCCAGCCUGCAGAAACACCAGCGAAUUCACACCGGGGAGCGACCAUUCAACUGCCCUCAGUGUGGGAAGGGAUUCACACAGUUAUCCAACCUGCAGAGACACCAGCGAGUUCACACCAGGGAGAGACCAUUCACCUGCUCUCAGUGUGGCAAGGGAUUCACACAGUCAUUGCACCUGCAAGCACACCAGCAAGUUCACACUGGGGAGAGGCCGUUCACCUGCUCUCAGUGCGGGAAGGAAUUCACGUGUUCAUCCCGCCUGCAGAGACACCAGCGCGUUCACACCAGGGAGAGAUCAUUCAACUGCUCUCUGUGUGGGAAGGGAUUUACACAGUCAUCCCACCUGCAAGCACACCAGCGUGUUCACACAGGGGAGAGGCCGUUCACCUGCCCUCAGUGUGGGAAGGGAUUCACAUGCUCAUCCCACCUGCAGAGACACCAACGAGUUCACACCGGGGAGAAGUUGUUCACGUGCUCUCAGUGUGGUAAGGGAUUCUCUCAGUUAUCCAACCUGCAAGCUCACCAGCGUGUUCACACUGGGGAGAGGCCAUUCACCUGCUCUCAGUGUGGUAAGGGAUUCACACACUUAUCGAACCUGCUGAGACACCAGCGAGUUCACACUGGGGAUAGGCCGUUCACCUGCUCUCAGUGUGGGAAAAGAUUCACACAGUUAUCCAACCUGCAGAAACACCAGCGAGGCCACAAGUAACCGCAGGAGUGCAUUCUGCUGUUUGUGCUGCUGCCCAUCACAUUUCAGGAGUGAACCAUGUUCAUUCUGCCAGAGGGUGAAAUGGGAGUUUCAGUGGAUUUCUUUCUGCUGGACUGGCCACCCUCACCACUUGCAUCCACUCAGUUGGAUGCCUUAAAUUUUAUAUGAAUCACUGAAGGAAGGGAAGAUUUGGAAGAGAGGUGUUUGUUAGUUUGCACUUCGUUUUCUCUAAUAUCGUGCUACCUUGGCAUGGAGAUGGUCAUGUCUGGCGGUUGUUUCAUUUAAUUUCAUAACACAAAGUAAUUUGAAAGGUUUGCGGUCUGGUUCUACACAGCUUUCCCGAUCAAAUGUGCCAGCCCGUUUACAACAGGCCUACACAGCUGGCGUCCAAAGCCAGGGAGACUCUUCGAAGGUCAACGGAAGUCACAAUGACUUCUGAGGUCGCAGUAGACAACAUCUCAUGAUAUAUGUUGGAUUGAAAUUUCCCAAUUGGUUCAGUGGCCUCCACCAAUUAGGAGGUCUCUUGUUGGGUACCUCACUGAGGAUCGUCUCCUUUUGUUACAUUUGUAACACUUCUGACCCAGAACACUGUGGAAAAGAGAGUUUGAUUUACAAAGUGGACUUAAUUCAACCGGAGUUUGACAAGCCCAUCUGUCUGUUAGCUCAUCCGCUAGCCAGGAGGACUUCAGCCACGUGUACAGAGCUCUCCGUUAGAUUAAAACACAGAUUGAAAAGGUUAAAUAGGAUUUCAAAGCAAGGGGUCAUUCAAAAAAAGCACAUCUUUUUCCACAUAAAUGUGUGGAGGAGCUAUGCAUUCCAUGGGAGCAGAACCAAGGAUUCAACGUGUUGAGAUGGAGGGGUGUGUGUGGUGAGAGUAUGUGGAUGAAAUCUCAGGCCUGGGGAGAAUGACCAUGGAGAGCAAAGACUGACAAUUGGAAUGGCGUGUGGGGCUGAAGACUUUGCAAGAAGUGAAGCUGAAGGUCUGUUCAGGAGUUCAGGACAAGUGAUUUUUUUUUUGAAAUGUUCUCUUUAUCCAAUACCCAGUAGGCCUUACUGGUGGUGAGACAUUGGAAUAAACAAUAACAGCAAGUGAGAGAGAGGAGAGGUGCAUUAAUCUCGCGGACAAAAUUCAAGGUGCUAAAAGGGCAAUUAAUCAGUCUGGCAAGAUAUUCUAACCUACCAUAAGGCAGGUCAGUCUUUGCCUAGAAUAGCUUCUUAUGUUGUUCAUUCACGUGGGAACUAGUCACGGAAGGCACCUGAACAUGUGAAAAGUUGGCAUUUCAUUUGGAAUCGCUGAGGGGAAAAGAAGCUAGAAGAUUUGCUGAGCUCGGAUCUUGCGCUAAAGAGGGAAGCUUCUGAGGAAACCAGUCCCCUCCAAUGCAUUUACCACGAGUGAAAAUAGAUGUGAAGGAUUAUGAAAUAUUUACUUUGUUGCAACAGUCACUCCAGAUGUCCAAGAAAACCAAGGAAGAUUUUUGUUCAGAGUUGCUGUCUCAGCUGACAUCUUAUUAGGGAAAGAUUUGGAUGUUUUUGAAAAAGUUCAUUGUGCAGGUUAUCGUGGGGAAAAGUGUGUUGAGGGUAUUCAUCAGAGCACAACUGGAAUAUUGUAAACUGUUUUGGGCCCCUGAUUAAAGGAGAUAUGUACUGGCAUCGAAGGCCAUCCAGGGCAUGUUCAUUCGUCUGAUACGAUCUAUGGAUAGACUGUGAAGAGGAGAUGAUAAAUAGGUUGGGCCUGCACUUGUUGGAACACAGAAGAAUGAUAUGUUACCUUACUGAAAUAGAGAGGAUUAUUAGGGGUUUUAACAGAGUAGAUGUAAUAAGCUUGUUUCCCCUUGUCGGAGAGUCUAAGACCACAAUGCGUAAUCACAGAAUAUUGAGCCAUUUAUCUGAGGCAGAGAUGAGGAAUUUCUUCUCGAGUAGCGAUUCAGGAACUAUUAUCACCAAGGACUGAUGAGGUUGGAUUAUUAAGUAUUUUGAAGGCUGAUAUAGGCAGAUUUUUAAUCAGGAAGGCAUUCAGUGGUUUUAGGGAAAAGGCAGGGCCGUGCAGUUGAGGAUUUUCCAAUCAAUCGUGACCACAUUUAAUUGCUGACCAGACUUGAUGGGCUGAAUGGCCUACAUCUGCUCCUUUGUCUUAUUGCCUGUUGUUCAGAGUGAAUUGAAAUUGUUCUGUGAGAAUAGAGUCGAGAAACGUAAGCUUAGAUUCCACAUUAAUCAGUGCAUUUAAUACAGGGAAAUUACUUUGUGAGCUGCUUCCACAGUCUUGAAGAGCUACAGUUUGGAAAUUACUCCUAUCCAUGAUAACUCCUUGACAUUUGGAAUCCUGCUCAGCAUGGAACUGGUAAAAAGAUUAGAAAAGUAAAAUAUUUAGCCCAAUAAUGGACUUCACAAAAGCUGCAGACCUACCUGCAGAAUCUCAAAUUUAAAAUUUUCAAAAGAAUAGACAAGGACGUUCAUAAUUGUGUUCAAAGCAGCAGAUAUUUUUUGUCCCUGCCAUGCUGAAACAAUACAAGAUACAACAUGUAGAUAACCGUUUCCGAAAAGAGCAUUUUAUACCUCAGCAUGAUGUGGAAGAAUCAAUUCAGAGUUAAAUUUUUUUUUUCUUUUGAAUGGGGAUCACGAGAAGGAAAACCAGAAUUCAAACCAUCCACUUGAACAUAAGCAUGCAUUGGAAUAAUGUGACUAGUGAAGAUUGUAAGCAACCAUGAAAGAAUUACAGGUCUUUGACAGAAAGGAAAAAAAAACUUUUUAUCCAGCCAGCUCUGGCAAUAUAGACAGUAGAACAUUUGCAGAGAGAAAGAUUCUGGAAAUCUUAGGUAUCAGAAUGAGAAACUGGGGAGAAACCAAAUUCCUGUGGCAUACAUUUGAGUUGAUCUCUUCAGGAAGUGAAUGAACCUUCAUGAGGUAAAGGUCCUUGGGUGGAAAAGUAAAAACUGAAUUCAAAACAGUACAUCGAUAUUUAUGAUUGUGUUGUUAGGAUACUUCUUUGUUUAACUUUCAUUUACACAAUAAAGUUCGUUUUUGUUAAACAAUGUGAAA